AUGGGUUUACCAGUUGUGCCGGCUCGCCUCGCCGCCGGCAUUGUUUUGAUAUGGCAUUUGGGACUGCAGGGUUGUGACGACAUUCUUGCCUCAGAUCCUGAAGUUUCAGACGAAGAUUUUGGCGUGGGCCUGCAAUCCGUGUUCCAAGUUCCCUUUGAUAGUCAGGACAGGGGGUGGGAACCUUUCGUGAUGAACGGAACGCAGUACAUCGCGCUGGCUGCUGACAACCGUGAUUCCAUGGUCUACGAAUUGGAUGGGACGACCUUUCAAGAGGUACAGCGUCUUAGUGGGAAUAUUAUUGGGGAGCGGGUCUAUGACUUGGAGUACUUCGAAGUCGGUGGUUCCUCUUACCUUGCAGUGGCAAACUUCAAGGGGGGCGAGUCGAAGGUUUGUCGGUGGGAGGGCACUCAGUUCGUAGAGUAUCAGACCAUGCCUCUUCCAGAUCACAGCAUCGGAGUCACAGACUUGGAGGACUUCGCGAUCGAUAACGUAAGUUACGUUGGUGCAGCCAUGGCUCAGUCACCCAGCUACGUCUUCAAGUGGAACGGCACCGCUCUUGAGGAGUUUCAGAGUAUCCCCACCGUUCAGGAAGCCAGGUCGAUGAAGUUCUUCGACAUGGAGGGUACGAAGUACCUGGCGAUUGCAGCUCACGUAGGUGGAGAUGUCGCAAUCCACCGUUGGAGCGGCUCGUCCUUCGAGCCAUGGAAGCGGCUAGAUGCCAAGAACGCAGUGGACCUGUCCGUCUUCUAUAUCAACGAUGUCCUCUACCUGGCUGUCGCAGAGCAUCGAGAAGGACCCAGCAGGAUCUAUUCAUGGAGUGGGUCUGACUUCGAAGUGGCUCAGUCCAUCGAGGAGGUAUACACACACGCGGUCCACGCUUUCGUUGCCGGUGGUGUGAACUUCCUAGCAUUGGCCACGUCGGGAAGGAAUAACCGAAUCUACGCAUGGAGAGGAGACAAGUUCGAGCAGGUGACUGCUACGGAAUACGGCGCAUCACACUCAUGGUCCUCCUUCGCGCACGGCGACGACGGACCUUAUUACCUCGCUCUGGCAAUUUUCCAGGGCCGUCCAUCCGAAAUCUUCGAGUUCGAUCCCAGCGUUUUUCAGUGA